AAUCACAUCAUAUGCAUUCAACCCCAACAGACAUUAAAAACACUGUCGUGGGACAGCGGCAGCAGAAUGACUCAAAUGAUCAUGAUUUCCCUGACCACUGCUCUGAAAUUAUUGAUCUGACCAGUAUAGUUCCUAAUAAAUCCUUCAAACUAGAGUCCCGGGACAAACUUCCAGAAGAUUUGGAAUUUCGUUUUCCAGACAUAGACGAAGCGGAUACGGUUCUAUGGAAUCCUGAAGAGGAUCUUGUCAGAGCAGAUGGUGAUGACACAGUUGUGAUAACCCUGAAUUAUGUCAACAGUGAGGAUCUCACACAGAAUGCCGACACAAAUGGAUUACCUAUGGAUGGUUUCCUGCUCCCAUUGUCUUCAGCUAAUGGCUUGCCCACACCCCAUAUGCAGUCAAUACAGAAGGAAGCAACCCAGAUUGCACAGAAUGGCCUUAAUGAAGUUGACCGCUAACCGGCCUGAGACGCCGUACUUCCGGCCCCCACCCAUUCACAUCCGGGUGUUAAAAUCUUGCGACCAGCUCAGGAUAAUCAGCUGGGAUAUCCAAGAUGGAGUGGUCAAACCACAGUUAGCCAAAAAAAAUAUGGUGGCAGCAAUCACCGAUGGAGAGACAGUGGCAAAAAUUACUUUGUUUGAGGAAUUCUCGUCCAAAGUCAAAGAGGGCAUGUCUUAUAUGAUGAGGGGACAUGAGCUGAGGGGCCAAGCUCCCCCUUAUCUAAUCAAUAUUACGGCAAGGACACAGUUUUUUAAAGCUCCUGCCCUUGUAGUAACAGAGGCCCUCAUCACAAAGGCGGAGGAGCUUCUUGAUCCACCUUCCCCAGCAACACCACUGAAGAUGAGCCCAACGUUUGGAGGGCUUAUGACAGUGGAAGGGGAGGUUGUGGAGUGUUCGGCGGUGAGGAAAGUUGUCGCAGGCAAACAACAAGUGCCUAUACGAACGCUCCAGCUAAAGCAAGAUGGGCAUACCAUGACUGUCUCCUUGUGGAGGGAGGCAUCAAUUCACGAUGUUCAUGUGGGAGAUCAGAUAAAGGUCUCCCACAUCAAAGUAAACCACUCUGCCUAUGGUGUACAGCUCCAGACGACCUCCUAUACAAAGAUUGAGACAAAGGAAGAUGAAAGGACAGAAGUAACUAUAGUUGGUGUGGCCACUGCAGAGCAGUGCAGUGCACUGCAGUCCACCCAACUACAGGUUCUCCUUCAAACUGGAGAAACCCUCUUCAUCGAAGGGGAAAUUGUGGAAGCCCUACGAGGAGGAGUUUGAGAAGGCCACGAUCACCGUUAGUGUAAAAAUCAAAGGAAAACUAAUAGUAGAAAUA